GAGCUGAAAUAGCGGGUGGAGACUGAGGAUAACUCAUGUGUUUAGACGGUGAAAGUGAAACUAACCACAGUCUCACUUCCUUCAGUUCAGUUAAUCUGACAUUAGUAACUUGGUACAGGUUCGAGAACAGUGAAAAUGAGUUUUCAGAUCUACUUUACAGAUGAGAUAAACAAACGCGAGAGAAUGAGAGUGUGUGUGUCGAGCUCAGAGGAGGAAUUGAGGAACACCACAGUGGAGGAGCUGAAGAGAAAACUCAUUCCUGAAGACCAACAUGACAACACUAUACUUGUCUACCAUUUCAACACACUGAAGAAGAAACGCACACUUGGUUCCUACGGGAUUAAACACGAGGAUGAGAUUAGAGCAGUACGCCGCGGAAGCACCUAUACAGAGAAAAUCGAGUUUCAUUCUUCUCCUGCUAAAGUGACAGAAGAAACACGUACCUUUGAAGAUGACGAUGAUGAUGAAGGUAAAGAAAUAUCCAGGACUCAGUCUCUGGAAUAUUUGGCUCUGAUGCAGCAGCCUGAGCCGCCAGUGAUGUAGUUCAGUCCAGCGUCACAUGAUCCACAGGAAUAUACUGUCAUCGGUUAAAGUGUCAUAUCAUAUUUACUACAUUAACAUUCACUAUCAUUCAGUUUACUCAUUUACAUUAAGUGGCUGACUUCAAAUGAGAAUAUAUUUAAGUCAGCCUCUUAAUGUAAAUUAGUUUCUAAAAAUAUGAUUUAUAAAGUUAAAAGAGCAUUCUGAGCAUUUCCUGUAUGAUUCAUAUAUUGUAGCUCUUUAUUUUACAGUUAUUAAAUCAUACAUGCAAGUGAAUAUUUUUAUUUUGUCGAAUUUUCCCUUUGUCCUUCAAUGGAUAAACAGUAUUUGUAUAAUUAAUUUCAUCCAUUCCAAUUUGCUUUAACAUGAUCUCAGUUAUGAUUACUCAUAAAUUGAAUUAAAUAAUAAAUUGUGCAAGGGGUAAAUUUACAAUUUUCAUAUUACAUCAUGUGGGGUUAAUUUGUGUUUUUUUUUUUUUUUUUUUUUUUUUUGUAUUUAAUUUUUCUAAUGCCAUUCAAAGCAGAUCCGUAUUAUUAAUCUCAUUCAUAUGGUUUAGCUUUUGUCUAUACAUUUUUGUUUUAAAAUAUGAUUCAUAUUAAAGGGAUAGUUCACCCAAAAAUGAAUGGCAGUGAAUGGGGAGCCACAAUAUGCAUCCAUCCAAUCUGAUUGAUUUUUUAAGGAAGCAUAGAUGUAUCCUUAGCUGCCUUUGAUAUCCCACAAUCCUGUGCUUUCCAUUCUGUGACAGUUGAGCUAGAAAAAUAAAGAAGGCGUCCGAAA